GCACCAUGCAAAUGAGGCCAGUGCAUUCUGUGCCGUGUGCUUUACUGCUGCCUGGUUGUUAUAGUGAUAAACCGAGGCCUUGUGCAUCACGGCUUCUACUUAUAAGAUUUAAAAACAAACCCCUUCUGUCUCUUAGGGGAAAAAGGCCAUGAAGCUGGGAAAAAUCUCCACAGCCUAGAAUCCCCAAGAGGAGUUCUCCAUCGCUCCGAAGAGCUACGGCGAGCCUCAUCUGGCCAUGCCAGUUCUCAGCCUUGAUGCUGAGUCAGAAACAGGUAUCCCAUAUUCCCGUUGUGGUGAUCUUCCCUUAGGAAGCAUGGAAGAACUGGAGCAUACUUGUCCUCAGCCUCGCCUGACAAUUGCUGCACCUGCUCCAUUCUCUGUAGAAACAAGCUGCCAAUGUAAAGCUCCCCAUGAGAAGCUAACCAUUGCUCAGGCCCACAUAGGAACACCAGUUGACCGACCUGUCAGGGUAUAUGCAGAUGGAAUAUUUGAUCUUUUUCACUCAGGUCAUGCAAGAGCCCUUAUGCAAGCGAAAAACCUGUUCCCAAACAGUUACCUGCUAGUGGGAGUUUGCAGUGAUGAGCUAACCCACAAGUACAAAGGUUUCACGGUAAUGACUGAGAGUGAGCGCUACGAGGCUUUGCGUCACUGUCGCUAUGUGGAUGAAGUAAUCACUGAUGCCCCAUGGACUCUUACACCAGAAUUCUUAGAGAAACAUAAGAUUGAUUUUGUGGCUCAUGAUGACAUCCCAUAUUCAUCAGCUGGCUCUGAUGAUGUAUACAAGCACAUAAAGGAGGCAGGCAUGUUUGUACCAACACAGAGGACAGAAGGUAUUUCAACGUCGGACAUAAUCACUAGGAUCGUCCGUGAUUAUGAUGUUUAUGCCAGACGCAACCUCCAGAGAGGAUAUACUGCAAAAGAGCUAAAUGUUAGUUACAUAAAUGAAAAAAAAUACAGGUUCCAAAACCAAGUGGAUAAAAUGAAAGAAAAGGUGAAAACUGUGGAAGAAAGAUCAAAAGAAUUUGUCUACAAGGUGGAAGAAAGGAGCCAUGAUCUAAUCCAAAAGUGGGAAGAAAAAUCUAGAGAGUUUAUCGGGAAUUUUUUGGAGUUAUUUGGUCCUGACGGUGCCUGGAAGCAGAUGUUUCAGGAGCGCGGUGGGCGGAUGCUUCAAACACUCUCUCCCAGUGAAAGUCCUACCAGUAGCCCCACUCGAGAACGUUCACCCUCUCGUUCCCCAUCACCACCUUUACCAUGGAUGCUGAAUAAACCCUCUCCUCCUUUAUCCCCCAAAGGUGCUGCAUCCGCCUCUAUCUCCAUCAGCAGCAUGAGUGAGGGAGAUGAAGAUGAGAAGUAACUUGUACCAGAAGUUUUAAUUCUGAAAAAAUAAAUAACUUUUUGACAAAGAGAACAGCUCUGAUUUGUUUAGCUAGCCUCUCACAAAUAAAAUAUUAAGAUAUGAAGAGUUGGACUUUGGAAGCAUUUGGGGAUAUGAAACAUCAAACAAUUCUCAGGCACCUAGGUAAAGAAAAAUUGAAGGAAAUGUUAGGAAAGGUCUCGGACCUGGGUAUGUAUGGUGAGAUAUCACUUUUACAAGCAUGAGACAAAGUGUAUUAGCAAGCCAAAGAUGUUUCCAAAUGAACCUGCUGAAUUGAAGAACAAACGGCAAACUCUGAAAGUGAAAUAUAUAGAAGGCAUAUAUUAUAAAGUGUAUUAUGGGCAUGCAGUUCCUGGUAUACUUGAACUUUGUGUAUUGGCGCAAACCAUGCACAGCAAACCUAGAAUAGAAUUAGAGAAAAUUGCAUUUAUGUAUACAAGCACUACUGGGUACUGCUCUUAAUAUAAUGCAGAAAUAGCUUCUUCCUUUUGUGUUUAGGACCCAGAUGUUCAUAGAUUGUUAUUCAUUUUAAUAACUUCUUAUAAAAUUGCACUGAUUGUAUAAAUCCCUUUUACAUGGGUGCUAGGGGCUUAAUACAGAUCUAACUUAGUAUCUGUUGAUGUAGAUAGAUGUCACGCCACUUACUUUUUGCAAUACAUGACUUAAAUUACCUUAGAUUUUUCUUAUUACCUAGCUGUCAUGAUUUGAUGGUGUAAUUGUGUAUGCGUCUAUGAAUCUAUGUUCAUUAGGAGAAUAUUCAUUCAAAUUCAUGGACCAUGUGACAAAUGGCAAAUAAAGUGGUUAUCCCGGAAUAUCA